AUGUCACGCAUUCACUGGCUCUGGAAAGCACUCCAAGUAUUUCGGUUUAUUUUCCACUCUUUCGGGUUGCUGCAGCUACGUUUUAGCAGAACUCAGCGACUGUUUACCCACAGAUACAAUUGCUUCAGAUACAUUCCAUUUAUCUUUGUUGUGUGCAUCUUGAUUCUGCAUCAAUUAGCCCGCAAUCGUUUGGAAAUUGAAAAUUCAAUGAUGAAUACCCUGGAAAUUGAAUCGCGACCCCCAGCAGAUAGAUUCCGCCUUAAAUGCGAGUAUCUGCGGAGUCUAAUGUAUUUCAUGGCCAUGAUUUGGGCUCUGGUGCGUCAUAAAUCCCUCUGGCAUUUGAUCAAUCAAUCACAAAUGGCCUACAAGCAACUGAGAACCCUUCUGGGAAGACAUUUAAUACUGGAAUGCACUUGGAGGACGCUCAUCUAUGGCGGAAUUCUACUUUUACUGCUUUCCCUUAUGGGCUACAACAUUUUUUGUCUGGAUUUUCCACUGAUUGAAGAUGCAACGAAUGCAAGAAAGAUUUAUUCUGCCAAAGAAAUCUACAACAUUACCAACUAUCUAAUGGGUAUCCCUCGACUCAUCUUAGUACUGCUGAUAGCCCUUCACAUCCUCUACCAUCUGCUGUAUGCCGGUUGGCUUCAAUCCCUGCAAAAUCUACGUCUAGAUAGAAAUCUUAAAUGCUUUCAGCUGCUUUUGAGGAUGAUAUUUCCUGUACAAAAGCGAGCCAAUCUCUUGGCGGGCUUCUACUUUCGAGUAUCUUAUGAUUGCUUUGUGUUUCUUAUUGCAAUUCGUAUCGUGGAGUUUUUGCGUCUCUUGCGCUUCGAUUCGAAUGAGUUGCUGCAGCAGCAAAAGAGUCGAGACGAUCUGGAGGAUGAGGCGGCAUGGAAUGGCAAGAGUUUCGAAGAUCUCCCAACCCCAACAGAGCGGCUAAGGGAGUCCAUCUAUCUGUUGUCCUGGCACUUGGCACUGUGGCUGCUACUCCUAGCUGCUGCACAGCUACAGCAGUGGGAAUAUCAAACAUUGAUGGACAAUUGCUGGCAAAUCAAGUUUGAGGAAACGAAAAACAACUUUGAGCUAAAGAAAAUCAACUCUGAGCAAAGGAAAACUGGAAUGUCGUCCCAUUUGGAUAUAAUUGAUAUAAUGUUUCAUUCACAAAUCUCCAUUUUCGAUCAUCAACGAAUUUCCAUUUGUUUUGUCUCUGGGAGACUUAAAAAACAAACCUCUUUUCUUACUUUAAAUACAAUUUUGGUGCAUUGUAAAUUGCUACUUAACAUCGUGAUCUGCACGGCCAUCGUUUACUUUGUACAGCAAGCGGAAAUAACAGAACUACAAUCAUACCUCGGGCAAAGGGACCACUCGACUAAUCGAGGGACAAAUUAA